AUGACAGCUCCUUUACUGCACGCCGUAAUUUCAUCGCCCACAUCACCGCAGACUGCCCCGGCCGAUGUUGCUUCGAAAGCUCACCAUAAUAAGAAAGGCGUUGGGUACAUCAACCCAUGGCCAUCAUAUGCCGAGCGCAGUGCGCUCUACAUGUUCCGCAAGAUCAUAUAUAUGCGGCUGAGCGGUAAAUGGAAAGAUCCGGACACUACACCACCGACGGUACCCAUCCGAAAGCCGGAGUUUCUGCCCACCAGAGAGACAGACCGCUUAAGAGCAACAUGGCUCGGCCACGCAUGCUAUUACGUAGAGUUUCCAGGCGGUCUGAGAGUACUGUUCGAUCCAGUGUUCACAGCCAGGUGCUCGCCCCUGAGCUUUAUGGGCCCGAAAAGGUACACAGAGAUGCCGUGCCAGAUCCAGGAUCUCCCGUACAUCGAUGCUGUGGUCAUAUCACAUAAUCACUACGACCACUUGUCGCAUCCGACUCUCAAGGCAGUUGUUGAGCAGCACCCUAGCGCCAGGAUCUUCGUUCCACUUGGUAAUAAACCAUGGUUCAAGCACAUGGGCCUCCGCGAUGAUAAUGUCACGGAGAUGGACUGGUGGGAAGAAAAGGAACUUAAGCUUUCAGCUGCAGAGCAUAACGACCCCGACAACAAACCUGAUGAUAUCCUGGCCACCAUUGGGUGCCUGCCAGGCCAGCAUACCUCCGCUCGUACUGCCUUCGACAAAGCACAUACGCUCUGGGCAUCGUGGUCUAUCGCUUCCGGUGGGAAGAAGGUAUGGUUUGGCGGCGACACUGGCUAUCGGACUGUUCCAGAGUUGCCACCAGACGAAUUUGAUUACAGCGAGAAGUAUGCAGACCUGCCUCACUGUCCAGCUUUCAAGCAAAUUGGUGAGCAUCGUGGUCCGUUUGAUCUCGGUCUGAUUCCCAUCGGCGCGUAUGACCCGCGCUUCAUUAUGUCGCCCAUGCACGCCAACCCGUACGAUUCUGUCAACAUAUUCGUCGAUACAAAGUGUGAGCGGGCGAUGGGCAUCCACUGGGGCACUUGGGUCCUUACGAGCGAGGAGGUGCUGGAUCCUCCUAAGCUGUUGAAGCAGGCACUCAAAUGGAAAGGCCUGGAGCAGAACUUGUUUGAGACUUGCGAUAUUGGCGAGAGCAGAGAGUUCUAA